CUGCCAAAGUGCUGGGAUUACAGGCGUGAGCCACUGCGCCUGGCCUCUUGUUUAUUUUUUUAAAGGUGUGGAAGAAUAUUUUGAAAGUGACAUUGGGGAGCAAGAAAAGUGCCACCUCCUUUGCUUUAAAAGAGGACAGGAAGCUAAAACACAUGGACUACUGAAAGUGUUACUCUCAGUGGAAGCCAAGAUUCUGUUAAAGUUAAGAAAAUAGAAAGUAUUUGUAACAAGAUCCAGAAUAUAAGAGAGUUAAUUGUGGACCAGAAAAUGCAGAGAAAAGAUUAAGAGCAAAGAAAGAUGUUGGCUGUGACGGGAGAGAAAACUUACUAGAGUAUAGGAUGAGAAUACUAAAGAAAUAGAUAACUACAGAGGCUUGCAUUUUGGUAAGAUAAUAGGAAGAUGAGGAAGGAAUGUUGCAAGAAACAAUCUCAUAGUUCUAAAUGGAGCACGAUGUCAAAUUUGAACAAAGUUAACCUUGUAGUGGUACACAGAAUGGCAGCUUGCAAGAACAAUUGUGAAUUAAAUUGAUUAAAGUAAAGAAACAAUGGCCAGCUAUCACAAAUCUUCAGCAGCUCGCCCUGUUUCAAGAGGUGGAGUUGGAUUAACAGGAAGGCCUCCUUCUGGGAUACGACCCCUAUCAGGAAAUAGAGUGGCAACUGCAAUGCCACCUGGGACAGCAAGACCAGGUUCUCGUGGUGGUCCCAUAGGGACUGGUGGAGUUCUGUCUUCUCAAAUCAAAGUUGCCGAUCGCCCUGUAACACAACAAGGUUUGACUGGAAUGAAAACUGGGAUGAAAGGUCCCCAGAGGCAAAUUUUAGACAAAUCUUAUUAUCUUGGGCUUCUUAGAAGUAAAAUAAGUGAACUUACAACAGAAGUUAAUAAACUUCAGAAGGAAAUAGAAAUGUACAAUCAAGAGAAUUCAGUAUAUUUGUCAUAUGAAAAGAGGGCUGAGACUUUAGCUGUUGAAAUAAAAGAGUUUCAAGGACAACUAGCAGACUACAACAUGUUGGUAGAUAAACUUAAUACCAACACUGAAAUGGAAGAAGUAAUGAAUGAUUACAAUAUGCUUAAAGCUCAAAAUGAUCGAGAAACACAAAGUAUGGAUGUCAUAUUUACUGAAAGACAAGCGAAAGAAAAACAAAUGAGAAGUGUAGAAGAAGAAAUUGAACAGGAAAAACAAGCAGCAGAUGACAUUAUCAAAAAUAUGUCUCUUGAAAACCAAGUCAAGUACCUAGAGAUGAAAGCCACAAAUGAGAAACUGUUACAGGAAUUAGAUACACUUCAACGACAAUUGGAUUCACAGAACAUGAAGAAAGAGAGCAUGGAAGCAGAAAUAGCUCACUCCCAGGUGAAACAGGAGGCUGUAUUGCUGCAUGAAAAGCUUUAUGAGUUGGAGUCCCAUCGAGAUCAAAUGAUUGCAGAAGACAAAAGCAUAGGAUCUCCAAUGGAAGAGAGAGAGAAAUUACUUAAGCAGGUUAAAGAUGAUAAUCAGGAAAUAGCCAGCAUGGAAAGACAGUUAACAGAUAUAAAAGAAAAGAUAAAUCAGUUUAAUGAAGAAAUUAGACAACUUGAUAUGGAUUUAGAGGAACACCAAGGUGAAAUGAACCAGAAAUACAAGGAGCUAAAAAAAAGGGAGGAAAAUAUGGACACUUUUAUUGAGACUUUUGAGGAAACAAAGAAUCAGGAACUGGAACGAAAGGCACAGAUAGAAGCCAACAUUGUUUCACUCUUGGAGCACUGUAGUCGAAAUAUAAAUCGUAUGAAACAGAUAUCCUCUAUCACCAAUCAAGAGCUAAAGAUGAUGCAGGAUGACCUCAAUUUUAAAUCUACUGAAGUGCAGAAAUCACAAAGUACAGCUCGGAAUUUGACUUCAGACAGUCAACGUCUGCAGUUGGAUCUGCAGAAAAUGGAGCUUCUAGAAAGUAAGAUGACUGAAGAACAGCAUUCUCUAAAAAGCAAAAUUAAGCAAAUGACAACUGAUCUGGAGACAUAUAAUGAUUUGCCAGCUUUAAAAUCAUCAGGUGAAGAAAAGAAAAAGAAAUUACAUCAGGAGAGAAUGAUCUUAUCAACCCGCAGAAAUGCCUUUAAGAAAAUAAUGGAGAAGCUAAACAUAGAACAUGAGGCACUAAAAACACAAUUGCAAGAAAAUGAGACACAUUCUCAGCUUACAAAUUUGGAAAGAAAGUGGCAACACCAUGAGCAAAAUAAUUUUGUGAUGAAAGAAUUCAUAGCAACCAAGAGUCAAGAGAGUGAUUACCGGCCAAUUAUGAAAAAUGUGACCAAACAGAUUGCAGAAUACAAUAAAACCAUCGUGGAUGCUUUACAUAGCACUAGCGGAAACUGAGUUUAAGUCAACUGAAAGUCUCUAAGGAAGUAUCCUCUUGCUGCUAAACUUGGUACAAGUUGACUACAAAAAAAAAAAAAAGCUUACCUUUGGAGUUUACCUAAAAUUCCUGAAUGUUAUAAUUUUUGUUGCCUCUUUUAAAAAUGAUAUUUUAAAAUAGUCAAUAGUUCAGUAAAUGGUUUGCAUAUUAAAAAGUAUCGUCUUCUUUUCUUUUUAUGAUACUCGUAUUUGAACCAAGAGAUAAAGAAACUAAAAGUGACUGUUGAAAUUUAUUUAGCUAGUAUAAUCCAUCUGUGGCAACAAAUGAGAUAAGCUUUUCUUGUAUCAACUCUAGGACGGAUGCAUGGAGUAUGAUUCUGAUUUAGCACUUACAUCAACAUUGUCAAUUUUUACUUCUGGAAAAAAAUAGUAAGAUCAGAAGGGAGAUUUUUAGCUUUGAACCUUACUUCUCAAAUAGGUUAUACUUGAUGUGUAUUAGACCAUAUAAUGUCACAGAUAAAUUUAUAAUGCAUAUUCUUUAUAGAGCAGUUAUACCUAAAGAUUUGGAAUUAGAAACUUUUAAUGUUUGCAAUUCUUAAAAUAUUUUUUCAUAUGUAUAUUCUUGGAAGAACAUUAGGUAAAAAACUACAUUUACAGUGGGGUGUUUGGGACUAUGGCUACUGCUAUUCAUUGCCACCCUGCAGUAUGCGUUUACUCUCUUGUACUAUUAGGACUUAAGUAGAUUAAUUUAUAAGCAUUAGCCAGAAUAUUUGGGAAAAAAAGCUAGAAGAGGUAGGAUUGGGAGAGAGGCAUAGAGUCUGGAAGACAUUAUAGUAACUGCAGAUGUAUCUUCUCUUAUUGUGCAGGAAUUAGUCACCUUGGCCAGCAUAAAAUAUUACUUAAAACUAUCCUAUUUUUGCUCUGAUAUCAUGUUCACUGAGUAACUCUACUUUUCAGUAUUUCUGAAACAACACAUUGAUUUCUUAAAAAAAAAAAACAAAAUAGCUUUAUUGAGAUAUUAUUUACAUACCUUAAAAUUUACUCAUAUAUGUUGAUUUUUUAAAAUAAAUAUUUAUAAUGGUAAAUUAUUCAAAUUCAGUCUAUACACAUUUAAAUAAAGGAGUGAGCAUUGUUGAGCUCACUUAACUCUGGAUUACUAAUAUGGCUGAAGAUCCUGGACAAUCUAUUCAUUAAGGUGGCAUUCAUAAAAUGUGUUCCACAAAUCCUGAGCAUCUCAUUAUUAAUAGUGUUAUGCCUUCAAAGGAUUCAUGGGGAAAGAAGUUUGGGAAACAUUGUCUGAAACAAAGGUGAAUUAUUUUAUUUUUUCUUGACUGCUUAUAACCCUUAAUAUGCUAAUAUAUAAUAAGCUCAAGAAGAAUAUAUACUGUAAAGCAUUUCCCAGAGAUAGUUGUCCACAAAACCCUUACUUUCACAGAGCCUAGGUCACAUGAGAUGUGUCAUUCCAAGAAAUAGACUUUGUACACCAAAUAGACUUCAUACACUAAAAUAAUUUCAUCUACUCAAGUCCUUUGGGUGGCUCUUUGGCCUUUUUCGGAUAACCCCUGAGUAUAUCUCUUUUUAGCCACCCUCAGAUGUUUAUGCUGUGAUUCUGUGGAGUUUUCUAUUGGAAAUUGGUAGCAGAAAGUGCUUAUUAAAUUUCACAAGGGAAAAAACUCUUUUAGCAGUUAAAGAGUGAAAUCUUAAAUUCAGUAGAUGAAACAAGUAAAUUUUGAUGACAGUUUGCCCAGCCCUUCGUUCACUCAUAAAAUAUUACUGUAAUUUGGUGAUUAGGAGCCUUUAUGAACAUACGUGACUGCUGAAAAAUGUUUGUCUUUUAUACAGUAACAACCAGAGGUAUGAUUGAGCAUAGAGUUUAGGCAAGAGAACUGACUACUACGGUCUCUUAAUCACAUUGAUUGUACUUAGUGGAUACUUCCAAGGAGGAAGGGAAUCUGGAAUACGUGUUUGUGGAUGGGUAAUCUUUGUUUUCCUCGUUUGAAAGCAAAUUUAAAUGCCUUUACUAUUUCCUUAGUUUUUUUUUUUUUUUUAAUUUCUACUUAAGUGUUCUUGACAUUUUACUGUGCCCUUUUAAACUAAUAACCAACUUAGUAACUUUUACUAUUAGUAAUAAGGGUUUUUAUCUGAGUGGUGGGAUUAUGGGUGAUUUUAAUCUUCCUUGGUCUUUUUGGUAUUUUCAAAAUUGUCUAAGAUGUACAUAUAAUACUUAGAAAUGCAAUAAAAUUCAAAUAAAGUACUAUAUACAGUUACUACUUUAACUCAUGAAAAGGAUGUAGUAAAAACUCUUCAGUCCUUGACGCUAAGGAGAACUGAACCAAUCUUUAUGCAGAAAGAAAGUAGGAGGAAGAUUGGCCUGUCCAUUAAAUAUAUGUGUUUGCAUGAUAACAAGGGAAAUUCGGGAGGAAGAAAAUUUCUUGACAAAAAGCAAGGCUUCAAUUUCCAUCCUAAAUUAUUCAUAUAUAAUAUUGGUGUGGGGGGAAAUAAUUGAGCAGGAUUUCUUUAAAUUAAAACAUGUUUUAUCUGAGGGAAAUUCUCACUAAUGUCUCUUCCUUCCUCUCAGAGCCUUUCCACAAAUCCAACAAGAAUAUUCUCUUUACUGGGAUAGAACUGGAGGCUAAUAGCUGCAUGAACUGGCUCUUCCUGAGUCAGUCACAUUACUCAGGGGGUUCCAUUCAUGCUAAAAUAACACCUUGUAAGUCACGUGGAAAGGAGCUGCAGACUGAACAAACAUGCUGAACAGUUUUACUAGUGAAGAUCAACAUGGGAAAGUUAGCAAGUCUUUGUUUUUCCCAUCCUUAUCCUUUAUCAGUAAAUAAACAUGAGUUCUUGAUA